UUUGUUUCAUCUGAAAAUGUCAGACAAAUAUUUCAGUCUCGUUAGAAGAAACUUCAAGUGAUUUGGAUCUCUAAUAUCUAACAAAAAUGUUGUAAUAUAAUCAACAAGAAGCUGUUAUAAUUUUAUAUAUCAAGCUAAAGCCUUUACAACUUCGGUAUUCAGUUAAAGAUAAUUCAAAAAUCAGUCAUCCAUGUAUGAGUUGUUUUUGCCAUAUUAUUUUUACAGCUUCAAAAGUUGAUAGAUUCAAUUCAAAACUCAAUCAUCGUUUAUAUAUACACCAGGAUGUAGAUGUUCAUAUAAUCACAUAAGAACCUAAUGUAACAAAUCAUACAUACAUACAAUAACUAAAAGGGGAAUAUGCUCAAAAGAGAGGCUGUCCACGUCAAAUUAAUAUUCAGACCAAUCAUAGAGUUGUAUUGUGCCAUGUCAUCUAUUCCUCACACCUCAAAAAUUAGUUCGAUUACAUCGAAGAAACCCAACCAUUUCACCUCGUCUCUGUAACGUUAAAAUUGUGACUCAUAAAGCUUCGGCGAUUUCAUCCAUCUCCUCCACCAAUCUCGCUCGAGUUGAUUCUCUUCUUAUACAGAAAAAUCGUAACUGAUAGUUUUACUCUCUCUCGAAUUGAUAGAGAUUUUGAAUCGCCUCAUUGUUAAUUUCUCCGAGAUAUAAUGGAUAUCGUGUAUGACUCUCUGUGAAACAGAUGUUAAAAUCACAGAGAGUGAAGCAUUUGAGAUUUUGAAGAUGGCAAAUCAAAUCAGCGGAUCAAGCUCUUGCAAUGGAAGAAGCUCUUCUCUCGUAAAUGGUAAGGUCAGAUAUGGAAGAGAAGAAGCUUGCAGACGAUAGAGUCAGCGAUGAGCAAGUAAAGAUAACUGAAUUGAUGGUUUCUGAUGUUGAUGCGAGGGAUACCGAAGAUGAGGUCUUUGAGGAAGCUAUCGACAGUUCGAAGCCUGAAUCUUUCCAAGCCGAUGAUGGGUUACACGAGGAUUUGCCUUCAGAGGAAGUGAAAGUGCCAGAGGUUAAUGGAGAGAGCCAUGGUGAGGCAAACCUGCAACAUAUAGCUACGGGAGAGGCUGUACCAGGUUUUGUGACUUCCCAAAUGAAUGGUGAUGAAGGGGAAGCAGGUGUAAGGAAUGUCAGCGAGACAGCUACACUUUCUUUUUCUGAAAAUGGAAUCGUCUCCCCUGAGAAGAAAGCUGUUCUCCUCUCUUUCGGGUCAGAGAAGAAGCUUGGAGAUGAUAGAAUCAUCCAUGACCAAGUAGAGAACAAUAUAUUACUGGUUUCUGAUGUUGAUGCGAGGGAUACCUAUGAUGAGGUCUUUGUGGAAGCUAUUGACGGUUUCCAAGCCGAUGAUGGGUUGCACGAGGAUUUACCUUCAAAGGCAACUCCUGAACAUUCCAUGGAUGAUCUGGAAGAAGAGAAUAUCAAUGACAAGGAAGUGAAAGAUUCCAAGGUUAGUGGAGAGACCCAUGGUGAGGCAAACCUGCAACAUAUAACUGAGGGAGAGGCUGCACCAGGUUUUGUGACUUCCAAAAUGAAUGGUGACGAGGGGGAAUCAGGUGCAGAGCAUGUGAACGAGAAAGUUACAUGUUCUUUUUCUGAAAAUGGAAUCGUCUCUCCUGAGAAGAAACAGCUGGUGGCUGAAGUGAUCGAGGAAACAAGGAAUGAUGGUACUGAAGAGGAAAACAAGGAGGAAAAUGUUGAUGUAUCAGCUGGUAUGGAAACAGAACAAGAGGCUGGGAAACGUGAAGGAUCAGAUAAGGAUUGCUUUGAGAAUGAGUCUGGGGCACAAAGAAAUGGUGAGACUGUUGCCGAAUACAACACUGUUAAAUAUGCUUCAGGUGAUAGCAUUCAAGUAGCUUCGGGUGAGAAAUCCUUGAAUGAUAGUAUUGAAGUAGCUUGCGCUGGGACCUCAUCUCCAUUGGAGGUGGAAUAAGCUGUAAGGAUGUUACAGAGAUUGGUAGCAACAAGUUAUAGUUUUAUUCUUUGUUUAUUCUCUGCAGGUGGAGACCUGGUAUUGGCAAGACUCAGAUUGGGUAAGAUAUGCUUCACUUCACGUUAGUGCAAUCACUAUAUAAUCUACCUCUUCACAUCCAAUUUUGCUGAGUAGAAGAACUACGAUGUAGAAUCUAUAUUUCCCCGGUCAUACCAAUGUCAUCAACUCUGGAUCAAGAAGGGUAAGUGACAAUUACUUCUAGGAACCAUCUCAGAGUGUAUUGGCAACUGGUCUCAGCUUAAAAAUCUGUAAGUUGAUUAGCAAAUGGAAACUAAAGCAGGACUCAUGUUUAAAGCGAUUUUUUUUUUGAUAAGACUGGUAUAAGCAUCAUCCCAAAUCUUAUCCAGAAACGGCAUCAAUACCCUGUAUUUUCUGAUGUUUCAGUGACCAUUUCUAAAAGCCAUGUGUCAGUGACUUUCACCGAUUGUAACGACUUGGUGUAACUGUGUGCAGGCACAAUAGAACACAAACUGUGUGUGAUCUGGCGUGUAGAAAAGGACUUGACGUCCUCGACCUUCCACCUGAUAUCCAACCACACUUGAGAAGGAGUACUUCAAGAACCAUCAUUGUCUCUAAAAUCGUACAUGGGAAAACUCUCCAUAAGUUUGGGGCAUGUAACUGGUACACACUGAUACGUACUCCUGCAGGAUAUGUACAUUCUUAUAUGUUCAUUUUCUUCAUCAUAUUUAGAUUAAAGGGGCAGUAACCUUGAAGAAGAUGAUAGGGAUGGGUUUUCCUUUGUUAGACGUGAUAUACCCGUAACCCGCCACUAGCGCCGAAAAGCCUUCUGGCUAAGGUUGUGAAGUUGUUCAGCCGUCUACUAAGCUUCUGCCAGUUGCUCCGAUGGGAGUUGUUGGUCGGAGGUGAUUGUAUCUUUCACAUAAUUGGAAUCGCACAUGACAAAUCAAGUUGGCUUCUCGAUGCUUCCUGCAGUCAUUUAUGAAAGCUCAUGGAUCUCUGAAGAUAUCAGCAAUUGGGAAUUGGUCAGUUCUCUUACAGUGUCAGAUGACUUUCUGUGCUGCUAUUGUGCCAAAUACCAAACGUAUCAGUGUUAAACUUAGUAAAGCUAAUACAAUCCAAUUUUUCUUCUUUGUAUGUGUUCUUUACAUUAAAAGAACAAGAUUCUACGGUGAGAUCGAGUUGAGAUACCUCAUCGGCAAAACCUUGAUGGAACCAUUGUUAUAUGCUUCUUCUGAGUUAUCUCUGGCUACAAGAUUCUGAAAUCGUAACUUGAAGCUCCAUGGUAUAGACCCAAAACAAUGUGUACGUCAAAAGCUAAUGUGCCACAUAAUUUUUUUUGUUAUGUUUGGUGUAAAACCACACUUUUUUCUUACGUCUAUUAUCUCCAAAUUGUCUGGUUGAUAUAUAGCUUACAUAGUUUCUCAAAUUUUGGCAUUCUUUUUACUA